GCCAGCUGAAUUCAGUAUUCCGCCGCUCGUCACCUGCGGUCAUACUGAUUGCAACUUCCCAAAUUUCUUACAAAAAUCCAAUGAAAAUUAAAAAACAUCUUUUCGUACCUUUAAUGCAAUAAUAUGUGCAUUUUGAAGCAUGCCGAUUCAGGCUCCCUCAUGGACAGAUUUUCUGAACUGUCCCAUCUGCUGCAAUGAAUUCGCGGCCAGCCAGCGAUGUCCGGUCAGUCUGGGCUGCGGACACACCAUCUGCAAGCUAUGCCUGACGACCCUCUACAACCGGCAGUGUCCCUUCGAUCAGACCGUGAUUGUCAGCGAUAUCGACAAUCUGCCCAUUAACCAUGCCUUGCUCCAGUUGGUCAAGGACUCGGAGCUCCUCGACCUGGGACCACCACCGCCCAGUGUGCAAAAGCUGGAGACGGAGCAUCUCAAGUGCUACCAACUGGGCCAGCGGUGCAUCGAGGAGCUGGCUUUGCACUUGAAGUCCUUCCUCAACCUAAACGGAAAUGGCAAUCUCCUGACUCGACCCAUGCUACGGAAACUGGUUACCCUGGUUAACUGCCAGCUGAUGGAGGAGGAGGGACGGGUGAGGGCGCUCCGAGCAGCAAGAUCCCUAGGCGAACGCACAGUCACCGAGCUGAUCCUGCAGCAUCAAAAUCCCCAACAGUUGAGUUCAAAUUUGUGGGCAGCGGUGCGGACAAGAGGAUGCCAGUUUCUGGGACCCGCCAUGCAGGAGGAGGUGCUCAAACUGGUGCUGUUGGCCUUGGAGGAGGGAUCAGCGCUUUCGCGCAAAGUACUGGUCAUGUUCGUCGUGCAGCGACUAGAACCGCAGUUUCCCCAGGCUUCAAAGACUAGUAUCGGACAUGUGGUACAGCUGCUCUACCGUGCCAGCUGCUUCAAGGUGUCCAAGCGGGAGGCGGACUCGUCGUUAAUGCAGCUCAAAGAAGAAUUUCGAACAUAUGACGCCUUACGCCGCGAGCACGAUGCCCAAAUCGUUCAGAUCGCCACCGAGGCGGGUCUGCGCAUUGCACCGGAACAGUGGUCUUCCCUAUUGUAUGGCGACGUUAUGCAUAAGAGUCACAUGCAGAGCAUUAUCGACAAGCUGCAGACGCCAAGCUCCUUUGCCCAAUCAGUCCAGGAAUUGGUCAUCGCCUUGCAGCGGACCAGUGAUCCUGCGAAGCUGUCCAGUUUGCACCAUCAUUUGAAGUACCUGGCCAACAUUGACCCCUGUGCAGAGGUGGCCCCGUGGUCGGAUUUGGCUGAGGCCCUGGAUGCAGUGCGCCAUUCGGUCAUUGGACUGGUAAACUUCCUUCAGCAUCAUGGAGUGCGCAAGGCGCAGGACGGCAUCAGUGGCGGUGGCAGCGGUGGGACGGCCAAUAGCAAUCCCAAGUACAAGAUCAGUUUAUGCAGGGACUUGAAUGUGCGGAGGGUGUGUCCUCGAGGUGCAAGCUGUACAUUUGCCCAUUCCCAGGAGGAGGUAGAACGCUAUCGUGCACGGAAUCGAGGAAAACAUAUGAAGACACCGUUGGCCCUGCAGGGGCCCCCAGCGGUAGGAGUAGGAGCCAUUAAGAAACCAUUAGGAGAGCAGGACGGACCGGCUCUAGGAGUGCCACCCAUGUUGCCUAUGUCGCCAAUGCAUUAUAUGGGAUCUCCCAGGGGAUAUCUGGAUCCCAGCUUGGGACUAUCGCCAGGAGGUGGACUUCCACCGCAGCAGUCGCCUCUGCUUCAUCCGUCGCAUCACAGUCCCAUCACCCGACUCAUAGUGCCCAGCCGCUACGAUCCUCGCUUCAGCGGCUUUGGCGUUGGCACGCCUAGGAAUCCUUCUCCCAGAGAAUACCAAGCAAACCCGGCGCCAGCACAACGCAAUGCCAACCCACCGAACUUUAGUGUGAACAGUAAUCUGCACAAGGGCUACAUGUUGCCCGGUGGCGGUGGAGACGUCUUCCAUCUGGGCAAUCCCUGGGAGCAAGCAUACCUGGCACAGCAGCAACAACAGCAGCAGCAGCAUCCUCAACAGCAUCCCCAACAGCAGCAGCCACCGUCCAGCAAGCCGAGUGCCAGCCGACCGUUGUCGAUUUUAGCCGCAACAGCUGAUACCUCAUUUUAUGAAAAGAAACCGCCGAAUAAUGUUAACAUAGAUCUGGACAGAGUCCCGGAGGUCGAUGUGGAUGCAGUGAAUCUGUUCCGGCGAUCCAACAACAACCACAACAACAACAAUACCAGCUCCCACAACAACAACAAUCAUGGCUCAUCGCUGCUGUUUUGGAACAAUACGGGAAAAGAGUCAGCAAAUUUUGUACGAUCAGACUCCAUAUUGGAUGACGAUGCGUCCACAUUCGACGUGCCCACUGGCUCCUCCAUGCUGAGUAUCUACGGCCCCAUUUGUCCCAAGAGCAGCACUACCGGCAACUGGAACAACUUUGAUCUGGGAUAUGGCGGCUUCAAGAGCGACAGAAACGAUAACUUCAAUGCCAAUAAGCAACAGCAGCCAGUGUGGGGCAGAAAGCCACAACUGAUGUCGGAGGACAGUUUCGAGGGCGGAAUCGACAGUGGAAUGAUGCUGCAGCUGGAGAAGAACCUGGUGGACAUCGUCGAUCCCGAUGACAGUGGGAUCAAGGUGGACUAGGAGCUGCAGUCCGGCUCACUCAGCCAGAGGAUAUUUCUAUAUAGGUGUUAUAUAGAUCGAAAGGGCGGGAGAGAAUAUGUAUAAUGCAAUCAUUUUACGCAUCGUUAGAGGUUUGUACCGCACAGUUCAAACUUUGGUAGAAUUUCAAAUGUAAUUGUAGUUAAAUCUGAUCCGACCGAUCCGUUAUUGGAUCGGAGCCAAAACAAAACAUCAAUUGGGUUGGGUACCGUCUAUUAGAAUCUAUUAAAUAAUUGUCUAAUUAGUUCAUUGUUCAAAUUUUGUGAAAAUGUGUUACUCAUGUUCGUGUUAUGUUUCAGAUUCGGGGAUUGUGUCGAGUACACAUAGUGAAAAGUAAAAGCAAACAUAAAUAAACUCAACCUAGAUUGUAAACUAUGUGUGUAGCCUAGAAUUCAGCUCAGACUCGUAGAUCCGUAGGAACCCUCAAAAGAGGCGAUCAAGAGUGAUGACGAUGAGGAUGAGAUAUGCAAACGCUUGUUGAGAUCAAGCAACAUCCAGAUUUGUAGCAGCGAAGAUUUUAAAGCAAUUUUCUCAGAUGAAAUAGCUACUGUGCACUAAUUAACUGAACCAUGAUCACAAGACUUCGAAAUCUAGGCAGAACUCAUAUUCCUAUCCAAAAUAGUGUGUUUGUCAUCCCCCCUCCUGAUUAUUUGUGAUCACAUUUUGAUUGAUUGUGUAACGCUGUAAACAUAGAUAUAAACUUAUAUAUUUUUUUUAAUAAUUAACUAUUUCAAAACGCUAUUUUUAUAUAUACAAAAUCAGCAGGGCUGACAGGACCUGAAAAUCCUAUCGCCCUCAGAACACAAUCACAUACAUACACCAACACGCAUACAUACUGAGCCACAGAACACGAACGAUCAUUUGUAUGUGUGUGAAAUGAAUGUUUAUAUUUCUUAAAGAAAUUUUAAUAACGCUAUUGUGCGAUGUUGUUAACUAUUGUACUAUAUAUUAUUAAAUUUAUUGAAAAUAAAUUAAAAUCACGUCCCAUUAUCCCUUUUUGUAAACUGUGAGAAAAGUAAAGUACAGGAGAAUUGACAAACAGGAAAUUAAAUGUCAGUCAGGGCUUUGAGAACAUUUACACAUACCUACUCUACGCAAAUAUAAAUUUGUAUUUAUAUCUAGAAACUAAUCAAUUGUGCGCUCUAUUAUUAAUAUUAUAUAUUAAUGUCAGUUGAGCCUGCGUUUUGCUUUCAAGACUUUGUACAUCAGUUUGAUUUGAAGCAAAAGUGAAAGAUUUUGUAACUUGUAUUUGUUAAGCGAUGAAAUCAGGAACCCUAUAUAUAACCACGCUUGGUCAUAGAAGAAUAUAACAUAUAUAUCUUUACAAAUAUAUUUAUUGUUAACGAGUUUCGAUGCCGUGUGUGUAGUAGAAUCCAUGUAAAAAUAUAUUCCCCGUCCCGGGGAGUGCGUGUUCAGUUGUGAGCUAGUUUUAAAUUGAUGGAAGCAAUUUUAAAACAAAAACAUAUAUGUAAAUGUAAUUUCCUAUUACUCAGAAACUAAAGCAUUCAGUGUAUAGAAGCGAAUUAAGGGAGUAAAUUGGAUUUCUUUAAUCCAUUUGCCCCCUGCCAAAUGCGAAAAUAUGGAAGAAGGUUGGGCGGAGAGUCCUUCAACUGCGUACUUAAGUCCCAAUUGAGAUACAAACGAUACGGACUCAGAUCCAGAUUUGGCGAUAUCCGCUCAGACUUUGGCUGUGGUGAAGAUUUUUUUUAGCUUAAACCCAAUGGGUUCAGUUCAUAGUAACGUAUUUGUUGAGUUGAGUUUUGUAACUUUAUAAUUUACAAUCAGUCCAGCAACCGCCAGAUCCCCUCAACUCCAAUAUUUCAAAACUGACCGAGGCUCUUUUUUUAAACAGAUCGUGCCGAGCAAUUCACACAUACACACCGACAUUUUCUCUUUACACACACUUAAUUAAAUGCAUAUAUAUAAUUACACAUACAUAUGUUAAUUAAAUGUAUUUUUGGUAUUAUCACUCAAUGUUUCUACGCUAAGCAAAUUUCGAGUUUUGUUAAUCAAAGUGGAAAAAAGUAUGCAAAAAAAAAAACAAAUUAUUUAUUUUAUUUACCAAUAAAUUUUCACAAAACUUUA